AUGGAUAGCAAACGCAAGGCCAAUGGCAAUGCGUCCUCGGAUUCCGACGACCGCUUGUCCAAGCGACGAAAGAUGUCGGACUUUGAUCUUUCCAAAGGCGAAUCGCCCGAAUCAACCACGGCGUAUGGACUGGCUUUUCUUGAACAGAUUCGACGCACAGCAGACAAAAGCGGGCGAUUAGUUGCGACCUACUUUGAGAAGCUACCCCCCCGAGCAUCCAACGAGAUGUACUACAAGAAAACUCGCCUGCCCGUUUCUUUGGAGAUUGUGGAAAAAAAGCUCAACGACGGCGAGUUCCAAAAUCUCGCCGAAGUAGAGAGCUACUGCAAGCGGAUGAUCAGCAAUGCCAAGGAGUUUUAUCCUCGGACUUCGACCAUUUUUGACGAUGCCGAACGCGUGCGCAAGGCGCUGAGCAACUACAUGACCAAGACGAACCCAGCAUACGGCACGCGCGGUUACCAAGCUCAUCCGACAGCCCUGCCAGCAGACGAUGACGAAGAGGCCGAGGACGAAGCCGAGGAAGAUGAAAAGAAGGACGAAGCCCCAGAAGAGGACGACGAACAAGGCCAAGAUGAGGAUGCCGAUGGUGACGAGGAGGCGGAUGAAGAUGAGGAAGAAUCCACCGGUCGCAGUUCGAGAAGGCGGUCUAUCGUACUGAAGCGUCGUGCUUCGGGUCGCCCAUCAAGAGUUUCGCUCUCGCAGGCCCAGGACAGCGCCUCGCGACCAUCGGCCAACUCGGCGAAAGUGGAUCACCAAUACCACAAGGUACCAUACAAGGGACUCACUUUCCAGCAAGCGCAGGAGAAGAUUGUCGAGGAGCUCCUUCGAUAUAACGAGCCAAGUUUCGAGGGAUAUUUCGAGCCCUUUCACAACCUGCCACCUCGGGCCCUGAAGGACUACUACAAGGUGAUUACCGAUCCGCUGUCUCUCAAGAAGCUACAGAAGGCCGUCAAGGGCGUGCAGGGGCGAGGCGGCGCCACUGGUGUGAGCAGCUUCAAGAGUUGGACCGCAUUUACAGAAAGAUCCAAACUGUUGUGGUCCAAUGCCUACUUUUACAACGAGGAGGGUAGCGAAAUUUACGAGCUCGCCCAGGAGCUGGAGAACGCGUACUAUGGCGAGCUGGAGAAGGCUCGAGCUGUUGUACAGGAGCCUGCACAGCCGAAGAUUAAGCUCAAGGUAGCGCCAGGCAGCGAAACCGCGGCAUCGUCCAAGAAAAUCACCAUCCACGUCGGGGGCCGAGGAAGCUCUGCGGACUCGCCGGCCCCGCCACCAGUGCAGGCUGUCGAUGUUGAUACUCCUGCUCCAGACGCCAACGGAACGAUGCGGACAUCCACCCGAGUCGACGCGGCCGGCAGCGUCUCGCUUUCGGCCCCAUCCCCCAGCCCAUCCGUGCAAACGAGGAGCGUCCAUGCGCAGGACAGCGUUGUCGCGUCUCCGGCACCUUCUGUCCAGCCUGCUCAAGCUGGCCAAGCUGCGCAGGCGGCCCCUGGUCCUCAAGCCCCCGCCGAGUCCCCCGAGGCGAUGCGUUCUGGUCUGCCGGUCCAGCAGCAGGCCGUCGUGCCGGUGAACGCGGUGAACGGUUACGUUGAGCCGAAGCGGCUUCGUCGGAAAGGCCACGGGAUUCACGAUGCACUCAUUUCCCGACUACGCCUCCAGCUGCAUCCUAGCAUGCAGGUGGAGCAUCUGAACGUCAUGACGGUUCUCCCGCACCCGACGGAGCUGCAGCAAUCGGCCACGGUGAACCUUCCGGCGCACUGCAACCGCAUCUUCAUCGUGCUCACGCUGCCCAACUUCCUCUAUGAUCGUCAGCACAGCCUGUGGGUGAUGAUGAACAGGCAACCGCUCAAGCCGACAAUGCAGCCCUUGCCUGGGCAGGCGCCUCAGGAGCGAGCAUUCGAGGUGGUGCUCCACGGCGGCGUCAACGUCCUCGAGGCCCAUCUCAUCGCCGCCGUCCCUCGCAUCGAGCGUGAACCAGGCGGACCGGAGACAGAAUUGGAGAUUUUUACCGUCUUUGCUAACGUGAUGCGGACGUGA